UUAAUAUUUAUUACUAAAUUUGAUUUUUAUUAAAAGAUUUAAAUUGUAUGACAAUUAAUCAUAAUAUUUAUUAGUGUAUCGAUUUAAACCGAUUGCUACCAGUUAGUUGCAAUCAUAUGUACAACGGCGAUCAGCUGUGUUUUGUUAUGCGAGUAAAAGAAUUCUUAUAUGAAUUUAUCAAAACAAAUACAUAAAUAUUUGCAAUGGAAGUGUUAAAUGAAAGUGAUCAUAAAACUGUACCUAAAAAGGGUAUGUCAACAGGUGGCAAAGUUCUGAUUGGAGUUACUGGCGGCGUUGGCCUUGGACUAUCUAUUGUUUGUGCUUCGUUUGUGGCUCCGGCAUUUCGCAAAUUCUGUCUUCCAUAUGUGCCGGCAACAACAGAACAAAUACAAAACGUGCUCAAUUUCCUCCCCAAAAAUGCCACCGGUAAACUACUUGAUAUUGGAUCGGGAGACGGACGCAUUGUUGUCGCGGCGGCACAGCAUGUGAAAGCCCUGAAAACCGAUGGAGUUGAACUAAAUCCCUGGCUGGUCUACUACUCCAGGCUAGCCGCAAUACGCUACGGCGUUGGCAAGCAAUCCCGCUUUUUUCGCCGCGAUCUCUGGAAAUUUAAUAUUAAGGAGUACAACUAUGUGGUUAUCUUUGGUGUUGAGCAAAUGAUGCAGGAUCUGGAGCACAAAUUGAUUGCCGAGUGUCCACACAAUGCCAAGAUCAUUGCCUGUCGUUUCCCAUUGCCGCAGCUGGAGCCGCAACGCAUCAUCGAGGAUGGCGUCAAUACCGUAUGGUUCUAUGAUCUAAGCAAACAAUCCCGUUUAGAGAACAAUAAUAGUUGAUAAUAUUAUUCAAUAUUUAG